GUCGUCUACACACUUAUUUUUUUUUUGUAUAAAGUGAUUUAGGAAAAAAAGAAUUUAUUUUAAUCAAUUUUCAUUCAUUCACGGAUUGGUAAAAUUUAAUCAAAAAUUGUGUUUUCAUAGACUAAAAGAAAAUCACUCAAAACUAUUUACACACAAGAGAGAAAAAAAAAAGAUGACUGAAAUCGAACUCGGUAGUUGCAAGCAUUUUACACAAUAUAAGAAAGAUUUUAGUGUUAGAUCAUUUACUUUAGUGCACGGUUGUUUUUCAGCUUGUGUUAGCAAAGAGGCUAGAAAACGAAAGGCAUUAUCAUGUCUUUGUUUUAUAUGUGGUAGCUCAGGUCCACAAUUGUAUUCCUGUCUUCAUUGUAUAUUUUUUGGAUGUAAGGGAGCUCACAUAAAUGAACAUUUAAGAAAUAGUGUGCAUUAUAUAGCAUUGGAACUUAGUUAUGGGACAUUGUACUGUUAUGCAUGCCAAGAUUUUAUAUAUGAUAAUGAAUGUUUAAAAAUAUCAGAAGAUCAUUUACGUCUAGAAGCAAAAAGUUUAAAUAGACCAUUGCCUUGGCGUCCUUGUAUUCCUAGUCAACAAGAAGUAAAUAUAUUGUUGGAGAAUCCAAGAACAUAUGUUUUAUCAUUUAAUUCAGUUGGUUUAAGAGGCCUGUCAAAUUUAGGUGCAACUUGUUUUAUGAAUUGUAUAAUUCAGGUUUUAGUUCAUACGCCGCUACUUAGAGAUUAUUUCAGUAAUGGUUUACCAGAAAAAGAUAGUUGUAAUAAUAGUAUUAAUUCAAAUCGAGAAUGUAUGGUUUGUGAAUUUUCAAGAUUAUUUCAAGAGUUUUAUAGUAGCGAAAGCGAUCCACUACCUCUUAAUCAUUUAUUAUAUUUAGUAUGGAAGCAUGCUAAGCAUUUAGCAGGAUAUGCACAUAAAGAUGCUCAUGAAUUUUUUAUUGCAUUUUUGGAUUUAUUACACAUACAUAGGCAUCAAUCAAAAACACAGCAACAUGAUCCAAUAGCAGAUAGCAAUGAAAUAUAUCCCACCAAAUGUAAUUGUAUUAUUUGCAAAAUAUUUACUGGUAGUCUGCAAAGUGACGUUGUUUGUACUGAAUGUCAUGGUGUUUCAACAACUAUAGAUCCAUUCUGGGAUAUUUCAUUAGAUUUAGGUGAAGCACAAACUGGUACACCAAGAACAUUAAUAGAGUGUUUAGAACGUUAUACAAAAGCUGAAAAUUUAGGUUCAAAUGCUAAAAUUAAAUGUUCAAAUUGUAAGUGUUAUCAGGAAUCAACUAAAAAAUUAUCAAUGAGAUCAUUACCAACAGUAGCAAGUUUUCAUUUAAAGCGUUUUGAAUAUUCUAGUCUUGAAAGUAGAAAAAAGAAGUAUAGUAUUUCAUUCCCGAAAGAGCUAGAUAUGACACCGUUUAUGUCACAAAAGCAAGAAGACUUUCAAGGGGAUUAUCGUUAUUUAUUAUAUGCUGUUGUAAAUCAUACAGGUACAACAGAAUAUGGGCAUUAUACAUCAUAUAUUCGACAUAUUAAAGAUGUUUGGGUUAAAUGUAAUGAUGAUAUAAUUACAUCAGCAUCUAUUGAACAAGUCUUAAAUAGUGAAGGAUAUCUUCUAUUUUAUCAUAAAAAGAAAUUAGAUUAUGAUACUUAAUGACAACAUUUCAAUUAAAAUUGAUUAUAUCUUCCACCACUUUUUAUAUUUCCUCAUCA